AUGCUGCGCCAGCACCUUUGGCGGUUUGGUCAGAAGCUGGUACGCAGGCGGCCCCUGGAGCCCAGCGAGCAGGCCGAGAGCCGCCUGUCUCGGUGUUUGAGUACCCUGGAUCUGGUGGCACUGGGUGUGGGCAGCACCCUGGGGGCCGGUGUGUAUGUCCUUGCCGGGGAGGUGGCCAGAGAUAAAGCUGGACCGGCCAUCGUCAUCUGCUUCUUGGUGGCAGCCCUGACGUCUGUGUUGUCUGGACUGUGCUACGCCGAGUUUGGGGCCCGGGUUCCCUGUUCCGGUUCUGCGUAUCUCUACAGCUAUGUCACAGUGGGCCAGUUCUUGGCGUUCGUCACCGGCUGGAACCUCAUACUCUCCUAUGUCAUUGGCGCAGCCAGCGUGGCCCGGGCCUGGAGCACCUCCUUCGAUAACCUCAUCGGGGGCCACGUGGCCAGGGCCCUGCAGGGCACUUUCCCCCUGCACGUGCCCCACGUCCUGGCCUCGUACCCAGACUUCUUUGCGCUGGGGCUGGUGCUGCUCCUCACAGGACUGCUGGCUCUGGGCGCCCGCGAGUCGGCCCUGGUCACCAAGACGUUCACCGGCGUGAACCUCCUGGUGCUGGGUGGCGUCACCGUCUCUGGCUUCAUCAAGGGGGAGCUGCACAACUGGAAGCUCACGGAGCUGGACUACAGCCGCGCCGUGGCCGGAGCCCACAACAGCUCCGGCCACAACAGCUCCAGCCUGGGCCCCCUGGGCACCGGGGGCUUCGUGCCUUUCGGCUUCCACGGGAUUCUGCGGGGGGCGGCCACGUGCUUCUUUGCCUUCAUCGGCUUUGACUGCAUCGCCACCACGGGGGAGGAAGCGCGCAACCCGCAGCGCUCGACGCCUCUGGGCAUCGCCCUCUCGCUCUUCAUCUGCUUCUUGGCCUACUUCGGCGUGUCCGCGGCGCUCACCCUCAUGGUGCCCUACUACCAGAUCCACGCCGAGAGCCCCCUGCCCGAGGCCUUCGUGCACGUCGGGUGGGCCCCGGUCAGAUACGCCGUGGCCGUGGGCACCCUGUGCGCCCUGACCUCCAGCCUCCUGGGCGCCAUGUUCCCCAUGCCGCGGGUCAUCUACGCCAUGGCGGAGGACGGGCUGCUCUUCCGCAGUCUGGCCAGGAUCCACGCGCGCACGCGCACGCCCGCGCUGGCCACGGCCGUGUCCGGAGUGGUCGCAGCGGCCAUGGCGUUCCUGUUCGAGCUUGGCGAUCUUGUGGACCUCACGUCCACUGGGACCCUGCUGUCCUACUCCUUGGUGGCCUUCUCUGUUCUUGUGCUCAGGUACCAACCAGACCAGAAUAUACGCCAGAGUGAGAAGACAGGCGGGGAAGAGCUUGAGAUGAAGCCUGGCCAGCCGGAAGCACUGGCCCCGGCGGGCACCUCUGACUCAGGCUCCUCGAAGACUCUCAGUAGUCCGUGUAGCCCCGGAGACCCAGGCCCCAGCCUGAAGUCUGGCCAGGCCGUCUAUGGCUGUGCCUCGCUGCUUGUUCUCCUGCUGGCUGCUUUCAGCCUGAUGCUGGCCCAGUGGCCUGGGCACCUGUUCUCUGGAGACCCUGUUUCCACCUCCGUGGCUGUGCUGCUGCUGCUGCUGGUUUUGGGGCUCACUCUCGUUGUCUGGAGACAGCCCCAGAACGCCACCCCUCUCUACUUCAAGGCACCUGCCCUGCCUGUCCUUCCGCUGGUGAGCAUCUUUGUGAACCUCUACCUGAUGAUGCAGAUGGCCGGCAGGACCUGGGCCCAGUUUGCAGUCUGGAUGGCGAUUGGAUUUGCCAUCUAUUUUGGAUAUGGGAUCCGACACAGCUUGGAGGAGAAGAAGGAUCGGCAGCCGCCGAACUCCAGCCCCCAGGCUCCGGGCGAAAGCUCUCCUGAUGCUGAGGUCGUCCCCGGGCCGGGGGCUCUUGGCGGUCUGUGA